CGUUUGAAAUUUGCUUUGGGAAAUCAGAGCACGGAUAAACAAACACCAAAGGCAUGUGAUCCAGUCACUCAGACCACGUCUUGCUGAGGUGGUUUGGGAUGCAGGACACCAUUUUUUUUGUAAUCGGACCUUUGGAACAUACUGAUGAGUCGAGCCUGAUGAUGACGAUAAUGGACCCUGGUGCCAACGACUCCGAGGGGACAUUGGGGCUGCCGCCCGGCAACCAGACAGACCUGCUGGCCAUGUUCUCGGGGACGCAGCUCCUGCUACGCUUCAAGCCUCUAUUCAUGCCCCUGUACGGUGCCGUGGUGAUGGUGGCUGGCGUGGGCAAUGCCUUCCUGCUCGCGUGCAUCGUUGUCGACAGGAAGUUACACAACGCCACCAACUUCUUCAUCGGGAACCUGGCGGCGGGCGACCUGCUCAUGUGCCUGAGCUGCGUGCCACUCACCGCCUCAUACGCGUUUGACCCACACGGCUGGGCAUUCGGACGCCCGCUUUGCCAUCUGGUGCCCCUCAUACAGGGUGCCACAGUCUUCGCCUCAGUGCUGUCCCUCACGGCCAUCGCCAUGGACCGCUACGUGGUGGUGGCUUACCCGGUACGCCGGCGCAUCUCCAUGCGCGGCUGCAGCGCGGUGGCCGUGGUGGUCUGGGUCCUGGCGCUCGCCCUGGCCGCUCCACCGGCACUCCACGUGCGCCUGGUGGACCUGCGUCCGAGCGGCGUGGACUUCCUGGUGUGCGAGGAGUUCUGGGAGGCUGAGCGGAUGCGCCUGCUCUACUCCUGCUUCUUCCUGCUGGCCUCGUACAUGAUCCCGCUGUUGGCGGUCAGCGUCUCGUACUGCGCCAUCAGCCUGCACCUGCGGCGGCACGCGAUGCCCGGCGAGCCGUGCCAGCCGUGCGGGCAGCAGCAGCAGCGCUGGACCCAGCGGCGUCGCCGGACCUUCUCCCUGCUGGUGGCCUCCGUGCUCGCCUUCGCCCUCUGCUGGCUGCCGCUGCAGGUGCUCAACCUGAUGGUGGACCUGGACGGCGACUUCCGCUUCGUGGACAAGCACUACCUGAACAUGCUGCAGGUGAGCUGCCACCUUGUGGCCAUGAGCUCGGCGUGCUACAACCCCUUCAUCUACGCCUCGCUGCACAGCAAGCUGCGGCUGCACCUCAGAGGCUACCUGUGGCCGUGCAGAGCAGGACGUGAAGGAGGUGGAGGAGGAGGAAGAGGAGGAAGAGGAGGAGGUGGAGGAGGAGGAGUUGGAGGAGGAAGAGGAGGACGGGACAGCGUGGGGAGUGGAGGUGUGACUCUGUUGUCGCGCUGCACCUCACGGAACCCCAACACCUGCCUGAGUGUGAUGUCAGAACCACCUGCCAAGGAGCAACAGAACCACCAUAUGGGGUCGAAUGCGCCUGUUCAGGCAGACCCAGACAGCUCUAUCUGAGCACACACACAC